AGAUUAGUUGCGACCGGCGGACCUGAUCGCGUGGAUUUCCAACAUGGGCGACAACGUGGUGGCCGACGUGCAAGACCUGACCUUGGCGGAGGAUAAGGCACGAAUAUCCAACUUAACAUAUAAAAUUCUCGCGCGUUUUCAGUACCGUUAGACCAUGCUGACGACUUCACGUUUUCACGUUCUUAGGACCGUUUACGGCGGUAUUGAGUGGACACAUGUUCGGGCGAAGUCACUGAAGGCGCUGAAAAAGAAAGCAGUUAUGCCGGAGAAAUCUGUAUCGGAGCUUAAUCCCUGGCCCUCUUACAUCCAGAACCGCAUCGUAUUAUGGGAUAAACUGAAAAAGGAAUACGAGGCCGCGCUGGCCGCAAAAACUCCUGCAAAUAUAACGGUGACUCUUCCGGACGGUAAGGCGAUACCCGCGCAGUCCUGGCGCACAACUCCUUACGACGUUGCGAGGGGCAUUAGCCAAGGAUUGGCGGACGAUACCGUAAUCGCCAAAGUCGACGACGAACUGUGGGAUCUUGACAGACCUCUGGAACGCGACUGUAAACUGCAGCUGCUGAAAUUUGACGAUCGGGAUGGCCAGAAAGUGUUUUGGCAUUCCAGCGCUCACAUCCUCGGGGAAGCCAUGGAAAGGGUUUACGGCGGCUGCCUCUGUUACGGUCCUCCCAUCGAUGACGGCUUUUACUACGAUAUGUUCCUGGGCGAUAAGGGCAUUUCCAACACGGACUUCCCCUAUCUGGAGGGUUUGUACAAGAACAUAGUGAAAGAGAAACAGCCGUUUGAACGGCUGGAGAUAACCAAGGAGGACCUCCUGGAGAUGUUCAAGUACAACGAGUUCAAGGUGCGGAUUAUAAACGAGAAGGUAAAAACGCCCACCACCACGGCUUACAGGUGCGGCCCGCUGAUCGAUCUGUGCAAGGGUCCGCACGUCAGGCACACGGGUAAGAUCAAGGCCGCGAAGAUCACGAAGAACUCGUCCACGUACUGGGAGGGGAAGGCUAACGCGGAAUCGCUGCAGAGAGUGUACGGAAUAAGUUUUCCGGAUUCCAAGCAGUUGAAGGAAUGGGAGAAGUUCCAGGAGGAGGCGGCCAAGCGGGACCACAGGAAGAUCGGGAAGGAGCAGGAGUUGUAUUUCUUCCACGAGCUCUCGCCCGGCUCUUGCUUCUUCCAGCCGCGCGGCGCGUAUAUAUACAACACCCUGGCCGAGUUCAUUCGCUCCGAGUACAGGAAGAGAGGCUUUCAGGAGGUGAUCACCCCGAACAUUUACAACAGCAAGCUGUGGCAGACCUCGGGACACUGGCAGCAUUACGCGGAAAAUAUGUUCUCCUUCGACGUGGAGAAGGAAACUUUUGCGCUCAAGCCCAUGAAUUGUCCGGGACACUGCAUGAUCUUCGACGUUCGGUGCAGAUCGUGGCGCGAGCUGCCGCUCAGACUUGCGGAUUUCGGCGUGCUGCACCGCAACGAGCUGUCGGGCGCGUUGACGGGCCUCACCAGGGUGAGGCGGUUCCAACAGGACGACGCGCACAUAUUCUGUUCUAUAGACCAAAUUAAGGACGAGAUAAGCGGCGCACUCGACUUUCUUUGGCAUGUUUAUUCCGUCCUUGGUUUUACGUUCAAUUUAUGCCUGUCCACGCGACCCGAGAAGUUCUUGGGCAACAUCAAAGUGUGGAACGAGGCCGAGAAAUCAUUGGAAGAGAGUCUGAACGCAUUCGGCCAGCCGUGGACCCUCAAUCCCGAGGAUGGCGCGUUCUACGGACCUAAAAUCGAUAUAACCAUCAUGGACGCGCUUAAAAGACCUCAUCAGACGGCUACGAUACAAUUGGAUUUCCAGUUGCCAAUUAGGUUUAAUCUGUCUUACGUUAACGAAGCUGGAGAGAAGACCCAGCCGGUGAUCAUACACAGAGCGAUCCUGGGCUCCGUAGAGCGCAUGAUUGCGAUUCUAGCCGAGUCGUAUGGCGGUAAAUGGCCGUACUGGCUGUCGCCGCGGCAAGCGAUGGUUGUACCGGUAGCGUCGCAAUUCGACGAUUAUGCCCACGAAGUAAAACGGAAACUCUGGGACGCUGGCGUCAUGGUCGAGAUCGACACCGAUCCGAGCGAUACUCUGAAGAAGAAGAUCCGUAACGCUCAGCUUGCGCAGUUUAACUUUAUACUCGUUGUGGGAGAGAAGGAACGUAACGCCGGCACAGCGAACAUAAGAACGAGGGACAACGUGGUGCACGGUGAAAUGGCGGUGGACGAGUUAAUCGCCAAGUUGAAAGUCCUGAAAGAGACGAGAGAUCAAAGCGGCGAAUUAAAAUCUUAAUUCAGCAACUUGUGUAUUUUAAAACAAAUUAAUUUAUUUCUAAAUAUCGCACGAUAUUUUGAUCAAUCGAUAUUAAUACACUUAAUAGCAACAUGGAUCCAUUUUUCCAUCCAUGUUUUCUCCACAAAUUUCUUCUGUAUCUAAGGCAAUAUGUUUAGUUUUUCAUCGAUUACUCCAUAGACGUAUGAAAAUUGAAUCAGGGAUAUUAUAAUUUAUGCGUAUUUACAGUGGCAUUUAUUAUGAUUGUUAAAUAUUUGACUAUUCUUUGUACACACUUUUGAUUUAUUGCAAUAUACUAUCAAUUACCGUUUCUACA